AUGAAUCACAAGAAAGGAGGCAAGUUGUUUCAAGUGAGAGAUGGGAUGAAGUUUGACGAAUUGGUGCAUCUUAUCGUUGAUGAGUUUGGCAUCAAUGAUGUGCUCGAUGACGUGCAAUGGCGUGUCUUGAGGUUGAUGCUGAAAACAGAUGGAACCUUCUUAAAAGGGAAGUAUAAGGGAACCUUGUUAGUAGCAACUGCUCAAGAUGGUAAUUCUCAGAUUUUUCCUCUGGCGUUUGGAGUUGUGGAUUCUGAAAACGACGCAUCGUGGGAAUGGUUUUUCACGCAAUUGAAAACUGUGGUGCCGGAUGAUCCUAGAUUGGUGGUGAUUUCUGACAGGCACGCAUAUAUUGCUAAAGUUGUCAAGAAAGUGUAUCCAUCUGCUCUAUGUGGAAUUUGCAUCUAUCACCUGCAAAAGAACAUCAUCAAAAAGUUUAGAGGAAAGUAUUUGGUUCGACUGGUUGAUGAUAGGAUUUGUGUAUGGGUGAUAUGA